AUGUCGCAGUUCAAGGCUUGUUGUCUCUUGGCCGCGGUCUACGGCGCAGUAGCUGCGUUUGGUGCUGUCUGCACGUCUGAUCUCCUCGUGGACGACUUCUCCAGCUCGUUCUCAACGAACAGGAACAACCUCGGCUCAUGGACUUCAGAUGAUGCAAGCAUGACCAGCAUCUCCGCGUCCGGCGGCAUUCUAAGUUUCACUCCCAAGAGCGGAGCUUACUACUACGAGACGUUUCCCUGCCAAGCACUGCAGACCGACUUGUAUACACACGUCCAGCUCGACAUCAAAGCACCAGCGUCAGGCGCAGCCUUCACAGCCGAAUUGAAUUCAGCAUCAAGCUGCUCGGCGACGACCAGUUCAAAGACGUCUUUUCGAGUCACAGGCUUAACCGGCGGCUGGCAGACGCUACGCAUCCCAUUGAGUAGCUUUGCAGCCGGGAACCUCAAUGCCGUCCUGUCAUUUGUCGUCGGGUCGUUCUCUGCUACCCAGGAAUGGCAGUUGGACAAGAUCUUGUUUGUCUGUGCUCAGGGGUCAUCAGCAACUUCGACUUUCACUACGAUUACUACGGUUACACAAGCUCCAACAAGUUCGGUGCCAUCUCCGACCCAAUCUAACAACCCGUCUUGCUCGGCGCCUCUAGUAGAUGACUGGGCAUCGCAGUCACGCCUCGACUUCUUGCAAUACAACUCACUCCUACUGCCUACAGGAGAUGACGGAACAAUGCAGUCAAAGGUCGUUGGCAACCAUCACAUUACCUUGACGCCGAAAGAUUCCUCUUCAUACUUCUUCACCCAAGUCGGAUGCUUAGAUACAUCAAAGUAUGGUGGAGUUUCACUCCGGAUCAAUGCCCCGGCUGGAACUACAUUUAAGAUCGAACUGACUUCCAAGACAACGUGUGAGGGAGAGGUGACAGCGUACUCGUCUCAGACAACUGCACAGCUAGGCUGGACCUUUGACGGAACCGAGAAGCUCUACAGUUUCCCCUGGUCAAAGUUCAGUGGAGUCAACCUCAGCAAACUGAGAUCACUUGUUCUCGAAGCGCCGACCCGCCCCAUCACACUUGGCCCGCUGGCACUCUACUGCGGGAGCACCCCGACUGGUUGGGUGGUGCCUACGGCCACGACCCCGACAGGACCAACACAGACCGUUCCGGCACCGGCCGCUACGGUCUCCGGGCUUGUAAUUGACACAUUUGCAAACUCAAACACAAACUCGCUUGGAUUCUGGCACGGCGGCGAUGAGUUGGGGCUGACUUGGGGUUCGAGCCGCCUUACAAUCGUUGCCUCAGCUCCCGACUACGCAUUCACCAGUCUGGUGAGCGGUGGAUGUCGGGACUUGCGUAGUCAAAGUGGAUCGUACUUACACAUCGCGUACUCGGGUCAUACGAAGUUCUCGAUCUCACUACAACAGCACAACUCUCAGUGUAAUGAUGGCGUUGCACCAUACCCCGAAACGAGAGACAGCCUGGAAGCAAGCCGAUACGCGACGACGAGCAGUGACAUCUACAUCCCCAUCUCGCACUUCAACAUCAACCUCCAACGUGUCGCGAGUGUCGGUAUUAGAGGCAUCUAUAGUACCGACCCAGUAGUCCUAACAAAGAUCGAGAUCGUUCCCUCCAUCCCCUCGGGCGUCAGCAUUCCCCAAAAACUGCCCUCGGGAACCCUCGUCUUUGCCUGUACCCGGCCAAAUUCUUUUGCAUUCGGCAUUGACGACGGAAACCCAAAAUACGCCGCCAGGCUAGCGCAAAUCAUCCGCGACGCGGACAUCAAAGUAACCUUCUUCGCCGUCGGCGCAGUGCUCGAAAACCCGUCCACUGGCAUGGCCAGCCUCUACCAGCAGCUCAAGAGCGAGGGCCACCAGAUCGCGCUGCACUCAUACACGCAUCCGAGAAUGGAAGGAUUACCUGAUACCGAGAGCAUCGACUGGGAGUACAACGAGGACUACAGGGUGAUGACGAACCUGUUUGGCGAACGAUCCAAUUACUUCCGCCCGCCGUACGGUGUUGAAGGCGCGCGUAUGCGUCAGCGCUGGGCGGCUGCCUCCGGUUCGGACAAGGCAUACCUCAUCAAUUGGAGCGUCGAUGUGGAGGACUGGCUGUGGGCUGAGACGAGCACGCCGGAGAAGCAGGUUGACUCGUUCAAGUCUGACGUUGCCAAGGGGGGAAACCUGGUUGUUAUGCAUUUUUCAUACAACACCACGGUCGAGUACUUCCCUGAGUUUAUCAGGCAGGCCAAGGCUACUGGUAAGCAGAUUAUGAGGAUCGAUCAGUGUGUGGAAGACCCGAACGCACCUCCCCUCUGA